AUGUCGCUGUCAGAAGAGCCCACAUAUGGUGCUGCUUCCAUUCCAGCCCAACAGUCCACAGAGGAGAAUGCUGCCACCAAGGAAAACCAAACCCAGAGGCUUUAUAGAAACUCCCUCCCCUCCUCCUCGGACUCCCCCUCCUCACAACUUCCAUUAAAGGGCCAGCCUCACCUGCCACGGACCGAAUCCAACUUGCCUGUUGCCGCAGAGUCUGAGACCGGGGCGCGCAAACAAAAAGACCAAGACAGCAGUAGUGACGAAAGCAACGAUACCAGUAGUAGCAACAGCAGUGCGAACGGGAAAGACGACGACGACAUGCUCUCUGUCCGGGACUUAAGCAGCAGCAGCACCUCCAGCCUCGCCAUGCCGACUGGUGAUGUGCCUGCUCUUCCUGCCAAAAGCUCCCUUCGAGCCUCGAGGCUUCUCGCCUCGAUCCCUCAGAAGAGGGCACCCAACGAUGACCAGCCCAUGCUGCCACAUGCCGCACCACACCAAGUAUAUCUUUCUUCCGAGGAGGACGCUUCAUCAUCAGCCGACGACUUUUCCGACUUUGAUGACGAGAUGGAGUCUGAUGGCGAGGGCGGUUCACAAAAGCCUAGUACGCGAAACAUGGCCCGCGAGGACACCGCUCGCGUGGUGGCUGUAGUCUUUCACGGCAAACCAUCCAUUGUGACCCUGUCCCCACGGAGGUCGAUAUCGCCAAGCUCGAGCGAAGUUGGACAACCUGGAACUGGUCUUUUGCGCACAGCUACUGAGCCAUCUCUUCAACACCAGCGGCCACGGUCCGUCUCUUCCGCUACCUCCGUCAUGAAAUUUAACCAUCCUCCCCGCUCGAGCAGCAUGACGACUGGCUUUGAGAAGAAGCGGCCUCAUUUCUUGCACAUUGACCCGUAUGCCAAGGUCAGGGAUGAGGCAGCCGAGCAUCUGAGGGGUCCCAUGACACCCACGUCCAUGUUCCGAAGGACACUUAGCUUGGUCAAGAAGCGUAGCAAGCCGAACUUGCACCAAAGCGAGAGCCAACUCACGCCGAUGGAGAAGGUUGGCGAGGUUGAGGAAGAGGAAGACCCCAGGGAAAGCCUCUGCCUGGAGCCAAAUAGUGUCGGUCCCGUCAGCAACCAACGACAUGGAUCUGUGUCAUCGCCACGGAGUGAAGCAUCAUCACCAAUAUCCCCGAAGAGCCGAUUCCGAACAGGAUUAUCUCUUGGCCGACAACGAAGUGUCAAAGCAUGA